GGUAGAUUCAUCAGAAGAAGAUAUUGGAGACAUUGUCAAAGCGAUGGCAAAGAUGUUGUUUCCAGUGGCAUUAGUCCUGUGUCUGUGUAGUAUGCAGGCCGCCGGACUUCCGGUAAAGACGCACCUUCAGGAGGCUGACAUGAUACAGGUCGACAUGACAGUUGAUCGUGGUGUCAGCAUCAGUGAGGCCGAGGAUGACAAGGUUUCUCCACGACUACUGAGCCCCAUCGCCAACGAGGAAGGCAAUCGGCUUUACUUAACGGGAUUGGAGCGUAGGAGGCAGUACGGCUGCAGCGCUAAUGAUGCUGAUUGCGAUGUACAAGGCGGUGGCUUUCCCGGAAAACGGUCAUCCCAACGAUCGCGAGCCCCCCUGAACAGCCGGCUGGGACUGGAGCGAAGGAGGCAGUACGGCUGCAGCCCAAGUGACGUUAAUUGCGAUGCUGGUGGCAAUAGCUUUCCCGGGAAACGUUCAUCCCAACUAGACCCCCUGAACGGUCAGUUCAAUAGGUGGCCGCUACUCAGUCUUAUUAGAAACGGCCAAUUCAAGAGGUCGACGUUCCCAAACCCUGUCGACAACGAGCAGAUCAAGGGGCCAAAGUCCGACGCAGUCUUGGCUUACAAUUCGGCUCUCACAAACGACGAGGUCGAUUCGGCCCUCAACGACAUCUUGGAGCUAGAGGGGGAGUGAGCCGAAAAGGCGUUUGAUGAGGAUGUGAGGUAUCAUCCUCGUAUCCAGCGCUUGGUACGUCGUGGGGUUAUUCAAUCCACUUCAAUCUGAGCAAAAUAAA